CUGGUCUGAUGUCAGUGAUUUUGUAGACCACAUUGCAUUGUUCUACAGCGUGUUAGGAAGUCGUCCAUCAUGGAUUUUAAACCAUCUUUUUUUCACUGGCGCACCUUUUAUUUUCUCCUCUUUUUGUUGCAUUCUACAUAUGGAGACGUGAGCUUUUCCUUCCCUGAGGAGACGAAACGAGGAUAUGUUAUUGGGAAUUUAGCCAAGGAUCUCGGACUGGAGACGAGCGCACUGUCUGCAAGAAAAGCCCGCAUUGACGCCGAGGGGAGCAACAAACGUUAUUGUGAUCUAAACAUGAAAAAUGGAGAGCUGAUUGUCGCCGACAGGAUUGACCGAGAGGAUCUUUGUGGAGACAAGCCUUCGUGUGUCCUAAAACAUGAGGUCGUGCUGGAGAAUCCACUGGAGCUUCAUCAAAUUAAUCUGCACAUUCAAGAUGUUAAUGAUAACGCACCAAUGUUUAGAGACAACAUAAUUAAUUUAGAGAUAAGUGAGUCAGCCAUCAAAGGAGCUCGUUUUGUGAUAGAAGAGGGGCACGAUGCAGAUAUAGGACAAAAUUCAGUUCAACAAUAUAUCCUUCGAAAAAAUGAUAAUUUUGUUCUUUCUGUCAGCGGUAACACAAUAGAAUUAGUUCUUGAUAAAGAACUCGACCGUGAAAAACAAAAUGAGAUGAAUUUGCUUCUCACAGCUUUAGAUGGCGGCUCUCCUCAGAGAUCAGGUACAGUAGUCAUACACGUCACUGUGCUGGAUGCUAAUGAUAAUGUACCAGUGUUCAGCCAAGCUGUUUAUAAAGCCAGUCUGCCUGAAAACUCUCCUCCUGAUACAAUAGUGAUUAAUGUCAGUGCUACUGAUGCUGAUGAAGGAGUGAAUGGAGAAGUGAGUUAUGAUUUUGGUCAUGUUUCAGAAGAUGUGGAGAAGUUAUUUAAUAUAGAUCGAAAAGUUGGUGCAAUAAGAGUAAUUGGAAAUGUUGAUUAUGAAUUUAGAACAUCUUAUGAAAUACGUGUGAAAGCCAAAGAUGGAUUAGGACUGUCCUCAUAUGCAAAAGUCAUUAUUUUAAUUACUGAUGUAAAUGACAACGCUCCUGUGAUUAGUUUAAAGUCACUGUCUAAUCCAGUACCAGAGAAUGUGUCACCUGGUACAGAGGUGGGCAUCAUUAAUGUUCAGGACAGAGACUCUGAGAAGAACGGACAAGUCCGCUGCUCCAUUCAAGAAAAUGUCCCCUUUAAGUUAGUUCCUUCUAUUAAAAACUAUUAUUCUCUGGUGACUACUGGACAACUGGACCGUGAACUAGUGUCUGAUUACAACAUUACAAUCAGUGCCACUGACGAGGGCUCUCCUCCUCUGUCCUCCUCUAAAAGUAUUAAUUUAUCUGUAGCAGACAUCAACGACAACCCACCUGUGUUUGAGGAACAGUCCUACAGUGCAUAUGUGAGUGAAAAUAACAAAGCUGGCUCCACUUUAUGUUCUGUUAGUGCUCGAGACCCUGACUGGAGACAGAACGGUACCGUGAUUUAUUCUCUGUUAGCCACUGAGGUGAACGGUGCCCCGGUGUCCUCCUAUGUAUCUGUUAACGGAGACACAGGUGUGAUCCACGCUGUCAGGUCGUUUGAUUACGAACACUUGAGGAGUUUUAAAGUCCACGUCAUGGCCAGAGACAACGGUUCUCCUCCGCUGAGCAGCAACGUGAGCGUCAGUGUCUUCAUAUCGGAUGUGAAUGACAACUCUCCUCAGAUACUGUACCCCUCCCCAGAGGGUAACUCCUUCAUGACUGAGCUGAUCCCCAAAAAUGCACAUGGAGGCUCUGUGGUGUCCAAAGUGAUAGCGGUGGACGCAGACUCUGGACAGAAUGCCUGGCUGUCCUAUCAUAUAAUCAAGUCCACUGAUCCGGGACUUUUCACCAUUGGUCUCCACAGUGGAGAGAUCAGGACCCAGCGGGACAUUUCUGAAUCUGACAGCAUGAAACAGAACCUGAUUGUGGCAGUGAAAGAUAACGGACAGCCCCCUCUCUCUGCCACCUGCUCCAUGUAUUUACUUAUUUCUGAUAACUUGGCUGAGGUGCCAGAACUGAAGGACAUUUCUUAUGAGGAGAAGAAUUCCAAACUGACGUCUUAUCUGAUCAUUGCGCUGGUGUCUGUGUCCACCUUCUUUCUGACCUUCAUCAUCAUCGUCCUGGGUGUGAGGUUUUGUCGCAGGAGAAAGCCCAGACUGUUGUUUGAUGGAGCAGUUGCCAUCCCCAGCGCGUAUCUGCCUCCUAAUUACGCAGAUGUUGAUGGCACAGGAACUUUACGCAGCACCUACAACUAUGACGCCUACUUGACAACAGGUUCUAGAACCAGUGACUUUAAGUUUGUGUCUUCUUACAAUGACAACACGCUGCCUGCUGACCAGACCCUGAGGAAAAGUCCUUCUGACUUUGAUGAGAUGUUUGGAGAUACUCAAGGCUCCCCUGAGGUAUGAAUAUGAUUUAUUUUUCCCAAAUAAAUGUACUCAUGCAAGCUCUUUGUGGUGUUUAUUGAGACCACUAACUGGGUGUUGUUUCAAUGAAUAGGCCUAUAC